AAAUAUAUAUUUCAAAGUGCAGAAAGAAAGCAAAAUGGCAGGUGGAUCCGUGAUUAGCAAGACCAUCUUUAUAGCUCUCUUCUUCUGCUUCCUUCUCAUUGCAUCCUUUGGUGUGGAAACUGCUGAAGCACAGAGAGGAGGAGGUGGUGGUGGCGGUGGCGGCGGGGGCGGCAAGAACAAGUACUGUCCAAGGCCGGCGGGAGGGUGUUGUGGUGGAGGGUGCAGUAAGCAGAGGUGCGAUUCCUGGUGCAAGGGCAGGGGAAAUUCUCACCAUGGAGAUUGCAAGAGGAACAAAUGCUAUUGCUACAAAAGAUGUUGAAAAACUCUAUAAAUGUAUCUUAGCAUGGUACAUAUACUAUUAUAUACCUAAAUAAGAUGCUGCAUAUUUAUAUAAAUGCUAUUAUAUACAGUAGCUACUUACUGCGGCAGAAGACACCAUUGCUAUCACUAUCAUCUAUCUAUGUAUGUGUGCUAAGUAUUAUUCUGUUUAGUAUUAAACUUUUUUGUUUUUGGUGUGUAUUUCAUUGUUUUUCUUU